UUGGCGGCCUCCCGCUCGACGGCUUCCCUCUGCCCGCCGGGCUCUGCGCUCCACGUGGCUUCCCUCCCUCCCCCACCCCCGUCGGCGCUGCUUCCCCAGAGGGCGGCCGGGCGGCCCAGCGCGCCCCCGGCCCUCGCAAGCCGCUGCCACAUCACGCCCCCGGCCGCGCACCGCCGCCAGCAGCAGCAGCAGCAGAGGCAGCGUCAGCAGCAGGAUGCGGCCCCCGCGGCAGCUGCCCGUCGUGGUGGUGGCGGCGCUGGUGGCCCGCCUGGUGGCCUCGGCCCGCCCCCCCUGCCCCCCCGCCGCCGCCGCCGCCGCCCCCCGGGCGCCAGGCCAGUGCCAACUUUCAGCAGGAAGUGAAGCCAAAUGUGUCGACAUCAGCUUGGGCUCCUGCAGUGAUGUACCAUAUUCACAAACCAUUUUCCCUAACUUGCUGGAUCAGAAGUCUCGAGAAGUGAUUGAAUACAGCCCUGAAUAUAUCCUGAUGGGCGUGCUGCACAAUUUGCUGCAGGGAGAAUGCAACCCUGACCUCAGGCUCCUGGGCUGCUCAGUUGUGGCUCCAAAGUGUGAAGGGGGCAAAGUCAUUAAGCCCUGUCGCCACAGAUGUGAAGCCUUAAAGAAAAACUGCUUUCCUGCCUUUGAUGCCAUUGACAUGGCUUGGCCUUACUUCUUGGACUGUGAUCGCUUCUUUGGGAGUGACAUCGAAGGAUGCUUUGAUCCACUAGCAAAGCUGAGAGGGGAGACAGAUUUUCCUGAAGAUGUCCUCACAGAGCUAUCGACAUCCAUUCAGUUCAUCCACCAUUCUUACUCCCAGAUGGUGAGAGAGCUGAAGAAGACGGCCUCCCGGUGUGGCCACAUUGCCCAGCUGUACAGCAUCGGCCGAAGCUUCGAAGGGAAAGACCUCUUGGUCAUUGAGUUUUCUACCAGCCCUGGAAGCCAUGAACUUUUUAAGCCAGAGUUUAAAUACAUUGGCAACAUGCAUGGGAAUGAAGUUGUGGGGAAAGAAUUAUUAAUCUAUCUUGCUCAGUACCUGUGCUCUGAAUAUCUGCUUGGAAAUCCAAGGAUCCAGAGGCUGAUAAACAACACACGGAUUCACCUCUUCCCCUCCAUGAAUCCAGAUGGCUAUGAGCUUGCAGCAGAAGAGGGUGCUGGCUACAAUGGCUGGAUAAACGGGAGACAAACAGCUCAGAAUCUUGACCUUAACAGGAAUUUCCCAGAUUUGACAGCUGAAGCCUACCGGCUGGCAAAAAUCAGAGGGGCCCGGACAGACCACCUCCCCAUCCCAGAGUCUUACUGGUGGGGUAAGGUAGCACCUGAGACCAAAGCUGUGAUGAAGUGGUUGAAGUCUAUCCCAUUUGUCCUCUCUGCCAGUCUCCACGGGGGUGAUUUAGUGGUUUCUUAUCCAUAUGACUAUUCAAGGCAUCCUCUGGAAGAGAAAAUGUUCUCUCCUACCCCUGAUGAGAAGAUGUUUAAGCUGCUGUCCAAAGCCUAUGCAGACGCACACCCUGUCAUCUCAGACAAGUCAGAAAUCCGUUGUGGUGGAAAUUUUGUGAAACGAGGAGGCAUCAUUAAUGGUGCUGAGUGGUACAGCUUUCCUGGAGGAAUGGCAGAUUUUAACUACCUUCACACAAAUUGUUUUGAAAUUACAGUAGAGCUUGGAUGUGAGAAGUUUCCUAUGGAAGAUGAACUCUAUUCUCUCUGGCAUCAGAACAGAGAAGCCCUGGUCACGUUCAUGGAAAUGGUCCAUAGUGGAAUAAAAGGGAGGGUAUCUGAUAAAUUUGGAAACCCAAUCAAGAAUGCACGUAUUUCAGUCAAAGGAAUUCGUCAUGACAUUCUUACAGCUGCUGACGGGGACUACUGGCGACUCCUUUCUCCUGGAAUAUAUGUGGUCAGUGCCCAGGCUCGUGGCUACAGCAAAGUUCUCAAGAAGGUGACUUUGCCUACCAAGAUGACCAAGGCUGGACGGGUAGACUUUGUCUUACAGCCCCUAAAUGGUAAAUCUCCUAAAAUAGCCCGUGAUUUCAUGAAAAGAGGACGAGAUCAAUUUGAUCCACUGGAGCACUUUGAUCCUCACCUUCAGCAUGUUCAGCCGGAGCCAAGAGAAGACGGGGAGAGGCCGUGGUGGUGGUCGUACUUCAGUUCUCUGAAUAACCACAAACCUCUAUGGCUGCUUAAAGACCAUUAAACUCUUUUAAGAUGUGGCCUCCCCACCCCUGAAAAAAAGAACUAACAGUCAGUUGCAUUUCUAAUUCAACCUUGGACGUUAAUGGAAGCUUUUUUCUAUACUUUUUUCAUUAUUUUUCUGUACUUAUUUGCACACGUAAAUGGUGCAUAUUAAAAUCAGCAUGUACUUGAAGCUGCAGAUGA